GGCACGCGACAUUCGCCGUCGCGCAGUCAGCAUCUCAUCGAAGACACGACUGUGCAACGCGCGCGCAACACUCUCCUGUACGUUAUCGGUAACGAUUGUAAACACGACAAUAAUAAUAGUGACAACGACGACGAUAAUAAUAACACUGUACGCCGCGUCUCUCUGUCCGCGUGCGUCCCGUUUCGGCCGCGAGUGUUUUUUUUUUUCUUUUUUUUUUUCAUAUUCUUCAAAUAAUAAAUUGUAAUUCGCGAGACGGCUCUGCUGCUCUCGGCGUGCUCGUACUCAACACAGUCGUGUACGCGUACAACGCUGCGCGUAUUAUUAUUGUUGUUGUCCGCUUUUACUCGGCCAGUACGUUUUAUACGGGCGCGCCGGCCGCAGUCGUCGUCAACGCAAAGCCGCGUCCGCAUCGCGUCCCGUCCCGAUCUGUUCUCCCUCGACGCCCGGCCGCGUUCGGUAUUUCCGCGCGUUCCGACGCGCGCGCCCCUGACCACCGCCGCCGACCCGAGUGCGGCGCGCGACCGGACGCCCCGAACCACCCCGAACGCAAGUCGCCGAUGAUACCUGUUGCCGCGCGCCGGGUACCUCGGAACUCCGAAGGGUCAUGAAAAAUUCGUUCAAGUCGUUAUGGAACACCUGGCAAUGGGGAUGCGGCAGAACCGUGAGUGUUUUUUUUUUUAUUUUUAUUUUUUUUUUUUUCUACUUCUUCAUCUUUCUCGCACCUCUCGUGCGCGUUGUACGCGUUCUUUUUCCGCCCGAUCCCUCCCCUACGCCCCACCCCACCCGCGAAAACCGACCGGAUCACACGGUACGUUUCGCGCUCCGACCGCACUUGUCCCCGGUUCGGGAAAGUUCCGUUCGCGUUUGAUUGCCCGGUUUAUCGCGUACGAUGGACACUCGCGUUAUUCGCGGCUGCGCGAGUGUGCGUCGUGUUGGCCGCGACCGGACCCCGGGUCCCGGACCCCGGCGUUCUCAACGCGGCCGGUACACAAUUCGGGUGCCCGUGAAUUUCGGAUGCUGUAAACUGACUUUACAAUACCAGAUUUAUUUGUGUUUUAUUUGUCCGACUUAUUAACUAUAAUACGGCACUAUUAACGCGGGACCCGGCUAGAGUAGAUUUUUGAACGCGGGACACGACUUGGACGCGUCGGUCGCGUUCAAGGAGGUUUUCGGUAUUUUUGGAAAUUUACGUUUUUUUCCCCGUUCGAUACAGCGUUGUACGAUAAUACACGAUAUCGCGGCCGGCAAAAUCGGCAUCCCCGGUCCGUUUGCGGAGUGCGUGCAACAGAAACAGACAAACGGACAUUAUUCGCACGACGGAUGGGCCCCACUUUUGUGCGCGAGAAGUCAGGAAGGUAGAGAGGAAAUUUAAUGUGCAUACGUACGCAACGGCUAAUCGUCGCUAACGAAAAACGAUUCUGAGCGGGGUGAGUUACGCGCGUUAUUUUCCCCGUUUAUUAUCAAAACUGCUGGGAAAAUCGCAGAAUGACUCGAAAGUAACGCUCCAGUCAGAUUUGCUUCUAGCAAAAAUGCCACGCUUGAAAAUCGAUCAGAAAUUAAUGAAAAUAAAUAAUAAACAUUGUUUUUAAGUUUGCCGAGCACGUUAUCUGUUGAAAUUCUUAACUUUACCCGAGUAACGUAAAAUCGGACGAUUUAAGACGAACACUUGGAAAAUCGUGAUUUCACGGACCGUUGCAACUAUGCAUAUUAAAAAUGUUGUUUAGUUUACCGCGAAAAAGUCAAAAUUCCACUCGGGAAGUAUUUUGCGCGAUUCAAUCCGUAUACAAUACGAUUGCACGUGUAUUUGUCUCCGACAAAACUGUUGGAGACAUCGCGAAUUAUCACGUGCAUUGCCGACAAACGAUACGAAUAACGGGCCAAUAACAAUAACAUGUACCUACGUACAGAUCGAAACCGUCGUUAUCAAAACGAAUAACGUUAAUUGUGAUAGGGAAAAACUGCCGAUGAAUUAUUACACUCACGUUGAAAACUCGUAAUAAUAAUAAUAAUAAUAAUACGAAUAUUAUUUUAACAAUAUUGCGCUUAUAAUAAGUACCGACACACACCUAUAUGCGUCUUAUCGGAUACCUGUAAUUUAUCGAGCUAAUAAUACAAGUAAAAAAAAACAAAAAACAAAACAAAAAACAAACGAUUAAAAUAAAUUUCGCGUGUAUAUUACGCGCAUAUAGAUUUUCAUACAUAAUCAAUAACUAUAAUUAUUAGAUAUAUUAUAAAGGUAGAUUCCUAUAUACGCUGUACCCGUUAUAAUCAGAAAACUCUUAUCGCGGGCGUAGGUCUCGCAAUUUUAAUAAGUAUACCGGUAGUUUUCAAUAAAAAAGUAUGUAUACGUUAUAUUACAAAACGCCAGGGUAUUUUUGUUAUUUUUCUGUAGUCUGUAUAUAUAUAUACAAUAUACAAUAUAAUGAACAAACGCAACGCUGCAAACAAAUCGUUUGCCCAUACACGAAGAAUGUUAAAAAUUUCUCGGGGUUAGGUACCAACAAUAAAAAGCAAAAAUACAUGAAAAAUUUUAUCGUUUUUCAUAUAAAAAAAAAAAAAAAAAACACAAUAACGUUAUAAAUGGGUAAUUCGCAUUAAUUAUACUUCGGACUUGAGUUCGUAUUUUUAAUCAAACAAUCGGUACAAUCUAUGAAAUACAUGAAACGAGUUUGAUUUUUUUCUAGAAAGUAUAUUAUUAUUAUAUGCAAGCAAAUCGUCGUUUUUUUUUUUAGAGAAAAUUAUCAAUCAAAUAGUUUCCCGAUUUUCUAAUUUACUUGGACCGGUGGCGUGCGUACGGGUACCUGAGAGUGUUUCCGGAUAAAUCCCUAAAGAGACAAAAAAAAAAAAAUCGUACACUAAUAAUUAAUGAAAAUUAUUAUAAUCUUUGAUGAAACGUUGAAAUAAUAAUACUAAGAAGGUAGUAUAUUUCUCGUGUAUGAAUCUAUGAUCGAAUUGUUGGAUUUGAUAUUCGAUCACGGGUAUUAAAAUGGUAACGGUAUAACGGAAACGAUUAUAAAUGUACGAUUAUAUAGGCUAUUAUUAAGGUACUGUAGUUUUUUAGAUACGAUUGUAAAAAAAAUAUGACAUAUUGUCAAUAUUGGCGGGAAUAAAAUCAGUCCAGACACGUUAUUUAGCUAAUUUUUGCGGGCAUUUUAAUUUUAAAUAACACGAUAAGUAUAUUUCGCACUAAGCAAUCACAAUAUCAUACCAUUUUUAUAGGGAAAAACAUGAAUAUUUGCAGAGACGUAUUUGCAUUUUUAGCGCCCUUUCACAAGAUCACUUCACAUUUUGUUCUAUACACUUUGCGCUGCAAAACACAUUAUUUGUUGGCCCUGCUGAAUGAGUGUAAACUGUGGGAUGAGGUCGAUUUUCGGUGAUGGCGGUUUAAAUCCGUCCCAAUAAGAAAAUCGAAUGUACGCCACCGACCCAAACGUAGUCGAUGUGUAGAGAAGAAAAGUUAAACGCAUAUAAUAAUAAUCUUUGCGCAAGUUCGUAUACUGCAACCAAAAAAACGUAUCUGUAUCGAGUGUCGGUAUCUGAAAUACUCUCAUACGAUAAAAACUUUAUCAGUAAAUUAUAGUCACAUUUAUGCAUCGAAUGAACACUGAACUUAAAAUUUAUAAUGUAUAGAUUAAAAGACGUAUAUCAGUAAUGUUUAACGAUUUAAUGAUUUGUCUACUUUGUAAAAUCAAUAUUGUUUAUCAUUUCCCGCAAUUGACAUGUAUAAUAUAAGUGAAAUUAUUUUAAUCCGGAAAACAGAAUCAUAAAAACAAAAGAAAAUAAUCGAGAAGAUCAAUGGAAACACUCGUGUAACGCGUGCCAGAUAGAACUGAACGCAAAUAGUAAUGCCUUUAUUUUCUUUUUAUUAAAAAUUCGAUUUUUGUACGUCAAAAAUUCUGAAAUAUAAUCAAGAACCCAUACUCGUACAUAACCUAAUCCGACAAUAUCUGAAAUCUAAAGGAUUAAAAUUUGCCUCGGAGUCGACCCGUCAAUAUGCUUUAGUAUUUCGGAUUUACAGACAAACAAACAAAUCAGUAGGCACGAAAACAAAUAAUAGACAUCCACUCAUAAUUGACAAAUUAACGACUUUCUAUAUGUUAUACGAUAAUUUUUUUGUUUGAAUGUCAAUGUAAAAUUGUAUUAUUUAUGCACAUAAAAAUGAUGUAACACAAUUAUUAUUGUAUGAGUAACGAUUUAAUGAUUAGCAAACAAUGUUAGGAAUUACGUUUAUUUUCCAAAAUAAGUUAUCAUUUUCAACAGGUGUAUCCACAACGUUCUAAUAUUAUUAAUUAUAGUUACAAGACGUGAUAUAUUUUCAGCAGUCAACGCCUAUUUUUAUACAAUAUGCCUCUAAUGGUUAACGGCCGAAUUUGUUUCUGAAAGAAGUAUACUAAAAUCGGUACAUUUGGCAAAAAAAAAAAAAAAAGUGAAAGCCAAAAGAAAAAGAAGAGUUUUUUUUUUCCGUAGACAAAUUAUAAUAACUUCGUAUUUUUGCCGUAAUUAUUUCGAGAAAUUCUUUUUAUUUCCUAUUCUUCGCAAUAUAAUACGUCAGACGUGGUAAUAUAUAUAUAUAAAAAAACAAAGAAAGAAAAUCGGUGUCACCCAGUUUCUCAAAUAUAUUACCUAUAAGUUUGAAACGUCCACCGUAACUGUUUGUUUAUUUCAAGUGUUUUUGUGCUUGUUUUUCACUUGGCGCGACAAUACCCGGAAUCGCUAAAACUUACGAGCGUACCGUGCUUAAUGACUAUGAUUACUCACCGAAAAACUCAAACAUACCGUAUUUACGCGCCGGUCGAUGGAUUUGAUGUACCAUUUUAUCGUACGUACACGCGCACGUUGUACGUAAAUACCACGGGUGAGUAUAUUCGUACAACAGACAUUCGCGCAGAUUGCUUUUCUAACGGGACGACGCGCAAGCGAGUGCCCGUAUUGUAUUAUGCAGACAACGAAACGAAACGGCGCGUUAUAUGUUUGACAUUCCGACAGCAAUAGGCAAUAACUACAACACCGCUUGAUAGGUUACCGGUGAUCGGUUUAUAGACCGUACAAUGUACGUAAUUAUCGUACGUCGUCAAACGGAUGCACAUUAUGUACAUCACACGAUGUAUUAUCAUGUUUUCAGAAUAUUUUCAAUCCGUCGUGUAAUCGGGUUUUGAACUCGCCGGUCCGAUCAACAAAAACUGUAAUUUGUUUUUUUUUUUUUUUUUUGGUACAUUAAUCAAAAAAAAAGUUGCAUACAUGCCUGUUGUACCCGAGUGCGUUGGUCCAAAAACCAAAUUUCACAAUUAAAAUCCUCGUUUUUUUCAUAUUAUUCACGGUUAAUCGCAGUUUAUUGUGCUUAGAAAAAUAUUCGAUCAAUAUCAUUUUCGUUUUUUCAAUAAAAUGGUUCGGUCAGGUAUCGGUUCUGAGCAAAGCGAGUGAACUCGCCGGUCCGAUCAACAAAAACUGUAAUUUGUUUUUUUUUUUUUUUUUUUUUUUUUUUUUUUUGUCAACAACAAAACUCUUGUUCCAAUUUCGAUUCGGAUUUUACUAUCAUGGAACUUGCUAUUUAUAAUAUAGUUGAUUACGUCGUGGUUGAUUUUUGUUCACUUCCGGGUUACCUCGAUAACAAAGUGAAAAAAAAAUAUAACUCUACCCAGAAUCGUUUUUCGUUAGCGAUUAUCAUUGGCAUAAAUACAAAUAUAAAUUAAACGACACAAUACGCACAAGUGGCCAAGGUAUAUUAUCCUCCAUCCGUUCCGACUUCCCUCCUAAAAAAAAAAAUGGCACGCCCGUCUCGGAAUUUCAUGUCUGAAAUUGAACGAAAAUCUGUUUUCGAAAAAAACUAGACGGAAAUAUCGUAAUGUCGCAGUAACGGCAUUGACCUUAUCACCAGCACAUACGCGCGUACGCGAUUGCGUAAAAUAAACAUUAUUAAAACAUUAUAAUAGUAUACAAGUAAUAUAAUUAUAUUUUUUUUAUAAGCGCGUAUUGUGUUUUUAUGUCCCUCUCACAUCUUCUGUAUUAAUAAAUAGGAGGUAGUGUACUUGGCACCGAAAAUUUCCACUUGGAAUCGCUGUUUAAAUUUUCUCCGACAACUCGAAGUGAAGAUUGCUGAAAUGUUUUUUUUUUUUUUUUUUUUGUGAACUUUAUGGUGCCAGUUUCACGUACCCGAAGUGUUUGUUUCGGUAAUUGCGCUUUUUUCGCCUGAAUCGAACGCGCUCGGGCCGAAUAAAAUUUCAAAACGUUCACCUUUUUCCUUCCCCUCAUUCGCAGGCUUACGACCGACAAUGAUUUUCAAAUUAGAAAAACCGCACAGUCGCUAUUUUUCUUUUAGACAGUGCUGCGUUUCUAUACUAUUAUAAACUUUUAAAUUCAACGUACGUCAUAUACGUUCUACAGAAAACUAUUUUGUUAAAUAAUUCGACAAGUUCGAGAAACGGUUUUUAAAAUAACUGAUUUUUAACCGCGGCAAUGAUUAAAUCGUAAGCAGAAAAAGAAAUGACCGAAUUUUCAAAACUUUUACAUAAAGUUUAUUUUUUCGAAAUUAUGGGCAAUUUUCUUGACCCGAGGGCCGUUGUCUUUUUAUUUCAUAUUUUUUAUCCCAAAUGCAUUUUGACUUAUGCGAUUCGUCCUUAUCCUUGGACUUAUAAACGAGGUGUGCACCUCAAAGCCGGAUUCCCAAAAUUCGUUCCCUAAAUGGUGGCUAAAUAAAAAAAAAAAAACUGAAGUUUUGAUAUUUUUGGUAAGAAAUUUUAGUUUUUUGCUUUGUCGGUUACCUAUUAGCGACGCGGACGAAAUCAGGAAAAAGAAACAGUUUCAUUAGUUGUUAAUUCAGUUUCACGGGGAAGGAAGUAUCGGCGACGAUGGUUAAAUUUAACGUAAUAGGACUUCUGUACGGUCAAAAACCGAGGGAAUUCAGUUGGGCAAGACAUAAUAAUAAAAUAAUGCUAGUUGGAAUUUUACUAGUAACAAGUAGGGACGUAAAAAAAGAAAACGACUAUCGAACGUCAUCGAACGCGUAAUGUGUUUCGACUCUCGGCAUUUCAGACUUUGUAUUAGACGAUUGUUUGUUUGAUUUUAUUUUUACGUCCACUCGGUUUCGAUUAAAUCAACGAAUUCGACAAAUACCAAAGAUUAUAGGUAUGUACAUUAGAUACCCAAUGUUUUUAAUGUCGACGAGACAAAGGUUACAGAGAUUAUAUUUUGUUACUUAUAAUUCGUGCGAGACGACGUACGGCUUAUUAGAUUAACAUUGCGUUUCGUAUCGACGAGUUUUAGAUUCUGAGCGGGGCGAGUAAUGCAUCGGUUUUACAACGAUGUUUAUUAUUAGUAUUUUUUUUAAUCUGAGGAUAAUUUUUCUACCGGCAAAUUUCGCUCAGAUUUUGAAGUGUAACGCUUUUACCGAAAAUAAAUUUGACUGCGGUGGUUAUUUAAAAAAGUCAUUUUUCGAUUUUCCCAGCUGUUUUCAUAAUAAACGGGAAAACAUGGAAAACGGAAAAAUCGGUACAACAUAAAAGAAAUAUUAUUAAAGAAAAACAUAUAAAGCCUAUUUAAUUAUUUCACUAUAUAUGUGUAUUGUUGACAAGGCAUCACUAUCAACUCAACUCCGCUCAGAAUCGUUUUUCCGUUAGCGACGGCAAAUCGUUGCGUAUAUGCGGAUAUACAUUAAAUUUCUCCUCUUCUACCUUCCCAACUUCUCACCUACAACAGUGGCCCGCCCAUUAUGCGAAGUAUAUCCGUAUUUUUAAUUUAAUCUUUUAUUAUUAUUCCAAAACGUAUUUCGGGUUCUAAACCUGUUUUCCGUCAUCGCGAAUGCACGGAGCUUAAUGCACGUGCUGCAAUCGCCGCAGAGUGACACUGCGGGUGCGCUACACGGGGUAAAGGAAACUAGAAAACGUUUCGAGAUAAGUGCUUAGACAUGCCGCCGUGUACUUAUCGCCGCGUCCUUGUGCAAUUUUAUACGAUUACGAUAUUUAAGCGCGUAAUAUUAUUAUUAUUAUUAUUAUUAUUAUUAUCCUUCGAGAUAUUGUUUUACCGGAUGUGAGACGCGCGUGAUAUUGAUGCGGUAAAAAAAAAAAAUUUAAAAAACUGCGUCUGGUAUUUAGUGCGGGUAUGCCCGCUGUAUAUUGGAUUAUUACGCGCCGCGCAGGAUUCGGACGCUGGUGGGAAAAGAGAGCUUUUUUUAUUUUUUUUCUGUGAACGAAAGAUAAUUGCGAGCGAACGCGUAUGUAUUAUAAAAGCGUGUAUUUAUUUAACGUGAUUUACGAUAAAUAAAAAAAAAUAAAUAAAAAUAGGUACCUCUAACGCGGAGGAAAAAAACCUUCGUCCUAAUUUUUUCGCGCUCGACUUUAUAACGCGGUCGUUAUAUAAUUCAAAAUUUUGUGCGUAGGACUAUAAUACACACACGCGGUCGUAAAAAAAAAAAAAAAAACGAUGAGUAGUGUUGACAAGUCCGUGACCCAUAUUUUCGUUUUACUUUUCAUACUUUACAUAUUAUCUCGUCCAGCGCGCAAAACCGCGAACAACAAUAUUCACCACGCGAAUUUCGGAAUAAAAAACGAAAAAGCCAGGAGGGUUUACGACCCCUCGGAAGCGCACGGGUCGAGUCCGAUUCAGACGCACUUGGCCGUGUAAAUUGUGUUGAUUCACACCGUCACCGAAAAAAAAAAAAAAAAAAAAUCCGCAUAAAUAUACUCGAAGAAAACGAUUCUGUUCGAUUUUAACGAAACUAUAAAAUAUUAUCACACGCGGUGCGUUGCUAUUCUGCGGAAAACUAAAACCUGUGUGCUAAAUCUAUGGGUAAUGUUUUUGUUUGUUUGUUUUUAAAUCGUUAACUCGUACAAUUCGACGAAAAGCGAAACAAAUUAAAUGGCGAAAAACUCGUCGUGCAUGCACGUGAAACCCGAGUUCUUAUACGAAAUGUAAACGUUUUAAAAACGGCGGAAAAAACCGACUGAUUUAGCCGACGGCGGAAAAAAAAAACAAUAAUAAUCCUAACCAAUACGCCCGCGCGUACUAAGGAAAACGUUUAAAACGAUUAAAAUACGUUUUAGAAAAAAAAAAAAAAAAAAAAAACCCGCGAGUCAUAAAAUAAUUCGGCCGCUAUACGCUCAUCGUUAAUUCUGAAAUUGAUAUAAUUUGGUUAGGUUAUAGCGCGGCCGCGACACGGCGGUUAAGUGGAUUCCACUUGCGCGCGUUAAGUUCGGACACGCCGCGCGCAGUGCGUGUGACUCAAUCAAUCACGUCGGGGCGUGCUGCGCGUACUAAGGAAAACGUUUAAAACGAUUAAAAUACGUUUUAGAAAAAAAAAAAAAAAAAAAAAAAAAAAAAAAGUGUCUUAUGGCAGCGGAUUGACUCAUAAAUCGCCAAGGUUCAAGGCGUCCGAAAAGGAAACGCGCUCGGGUUUUAACAAUUUAACACCGUGUCAGAGCGUCGUCCUUCGGUGAACCCCGUGCGGACGACGGUGCCUCGCAGAAUAUUCGCGAUCGUGUUAUUACCAUUAUUACCAUUAUUACCAUUAUUGCCAUUAUUAUUAUUAUUGUUGUUGUUGUUGUCGUGCUGCUGACCGUCCGGCGCACUGUCGGCGGCGGCUGUUCAAUUGAAACCAUUAAGUCGUCAUCCGUUACGGACUGAAUUUACGUACAACGCGACGGGAAGAGAAAAAUUAAAUAAAACUGCGCCCUGAACCGUCUCUAAAACAAAUGCGUUUUCGUUUUGCAGAUCAUGUCCGCCGUGGCUGCCCACGUCAAUUCGAUAUCCGUGGGCAUGUGCCAGGGGUUCUCGGCGGUGCUCCUGCCGCAGCUCCUCGACUCCAACAGCUCGAUCUUCGUGGAUAGCGCCGAAGCGUCGUGGAUAGGUGAGUAACGGUGUCCGCGUCCAAACGACGACCCCAUCCCCGUCCCCCGGGGGCAUUUUUCGUUCGGGGCUGAACGUCGAUACUUUCGCGUGCGUCUUGUAAGGCGUAAUUUCCCCUACAAACAGCGCACGAUCAUCGCUAUCAGCGGCGCGCAGCGGCGUCACCGAGGCUCGUGCCGUACGAAGCGAUUUCCGCAGUAAAAACGACCGGUGAAACCCCGUGCCGGGAAAAGCGGAAACUGAAAACUAUCGCCGCUCGCGUACUUCGGCUUUUUCGUCGACGAAUCGCAAUACCCGUCCACGCCGCCACUACGGUAACGGCGGAGGCGCAUUUUAUGUUUGGUGACUUAAACCCGACCGGUGCCCAGGGCGGGGCCUGCUCUAAAAUGCCCCGGCCCCCGCGAUCGGCCCGCCAUACACAUUCGGUAUUUAUAACGGGCAUUGUUGGGCAUUUGAAUAUCAAACGUUAUAACACGUCUGGUGUUGCGGUCGGGUAUUUGAUAGUUUUUAAAUUUCGGAAAUUCGCGGCGCCGCCAAUUUCUGAUGGCUGUUACGUUACGCGCGAUUGGAAAUGAAGUUGUUUUAUAUUUAUUUAUGUUUUUCUCGUCGAAAUUCGAUACCGAUAAACGAUAGGUUUUUUUGAACAUCGCAAUGCGCGGUUCGUCCGUCGUUACGUCACAUAAAUUCAGAAUUCAAAAUCGCAUUGAUCUCAUUACACGGCCACGCCGUCGUCGGAACAAGUGAAAAUGAAUUUUGACUGUCUCUCGUUAUUGUCGGUGUGUUCUCUUUUUUUUUCUCUCUCUUUUUUUUUUACCCCGCGUGUGCGUCUAACGAACCGCGUUUAAUCGGGGAACGAUUGUUUGGUAAACAAAUAGCGUCGGACGGCAUACGCGCACCGCGCCCCGAUAAAACGCCCGCCGAUGCCGCCGAAUUCGCGAUCGUGCGCGCGUGUUUUUCAACGCUUCCGCGAAAACCCGAACGGCGCACGAAAUCCCCGCGAGGAGUACAAACGCCAACGUAUCGCACCGACAAGGGGGGGGGGGACGCCGGACCGGGCACGCGCUACGGCGACCCGUCGCUUGUUGCCGUCCCGGGACAUUCGUCCGACGCGUUUUCGGUAAACAGUGCGGCCCCCUCACCGCGAAAAUUCGCGUCGCCCUGCGCGGUUCGCGCCGGCGCUUCUCGACACGUUUUUCUACCGUCGCGACGCCCCAAAAUGAAUGUUCCGGUAUCCUGAACGGCCCUUGAGUGCGCGCGUAUUUUGUGCGCGGCGGCCCGGUAGCUCUGUACUCUCGGCGGCCCUAAACAACCGGUCGGCCGCGACCACCUCCCCCCACCACCCCAAAGUUUGAGAAACGCCGGUUCACGCCGCGCACAGAGCGCAGUGUAUCGCGGCGCGCGCUCGACUUUGCCCCGCGGUCGAGCGUACACUCCGCCGCGCGAUUUUUUUUUUUUCGUCUUAUCUCUCGCGUACGGCGACGGGGGCGAAGGUACGAAACAGUCGACUGUUCUUCGAGUGUACCGGCUCGCGUAUGUUAUACGGGUGGGUACAGAGCGUUCGGCGCGUGCACCGCCGUAAGAGGCCGACGCGUCAACGACGAACAACGCGUAUCGUUAACGACGCCGGCGACGCGCGCAACAACAACGACAACCUGCGGGUUAGCGAAUGCGACAAAGAAAAAAAAAUAAAUAAAUAAAUACAUAAAAACCCGACCGGUUUUGAAAAAAAUGUCCCGUAACGAUUAUCGUUGUUAUAGCCGCGACCGUAACAUACCGGUCGAUCAAUGUUAACGAUAAUAAUUGUUCGCGGGACCGUGGGUUUGGCCGCGUUCGGUUCGUACUUGGUGCGCGUGUUUCAAUAACGAUCGAAACGAUCCCGUUUCGGGAUUAGCGCGCGUGCGGCGGCCCGCGGCGAACGGUCUCCGGAGAUUCGCGCGACGCGUAAAAAGAUUUGAAAAAAAAAAAAAACCGCCGAAAAUGCCAAUAAGGAAACGAUUUGUCCGGUGGGCGUCCGGCCAAUCACUCGACUGUAGAGCAGAAAAAAAAAAAAAAAAAAAAAAAAACCGUAUUCUCGCCCAUUAUAUGCAUAUAGACGUACCCGAGUGCUGCGAUAUUGUGCGUAUUAUUACACCGUGCGGUGCGAUACGUUUUUUUUUUUUUUUUUUUUUACUUUCGCUCUGUAAACCGCAGACCAUAACAAGUGUAUGAUAAUAAUAUCGUACGGGCACAAUAAUUUCAAUCAUUAAGAGCAAUGCCAUUGUAUAAUAAAAAAAUAUUACGCGUGCACAUAUACGUAUAUAAUGUGAAUAAUACCUUAUCCCGGGUUCGAGGUGUCUCCAGGUUGCGGUCAAGGUUAUCCGGUAUGAAAAUAUAAUAUAAACGCGUUCGAUAACAAUCGCGAGCGGCCGCGCAAUAAAUAUAAUAUUUUCGCGAAACGGCGGAGUAAGACGGGAAAAAAAAUGAAAGUUUCUGCCCGCGCGUCUCGGCCGCGGCUCUGAUCGCUCGCGAUCGCGUCGUGCGAUUGGUCGCCGCCUCAAAUGACACAUGAUUGACGUGCCCGGUGGUCGGCCAAUCGCCGUAACCCAUUCUGAUGAUAAUUCGAUAUUCCGACCGAAUUCCCCGCGUCUCGUUUUUCAAUUUAUUUCUCGCCCAUUUUCGUAAACUUUCGCGCGCGCCGAAAAACCCGUAAAACAAAAUCACUCGUUACCCGGCCGCCGCGUUUCGCGCCCGCGCGCACGACAGUAAUUUCGUUAUUGCGCGUUUCGCGUAUUGCUCAUUAAGAUACACAAUAACGAUAAGAAUAAUGAUAAUAAUAACAGCGAUAAUAAUAAUAUUUGUACGCGUACGCGUAUAACAAGUACAAUUAAAAAUAAUUUUAGAUAUUACACCAUAAUUAUUUUGAUCGGGUACAUGUGUACCGACAUAGCGGGUACCAAAAUUGUAUGUUUUCGUUCACAGUGUUUUUCUGUUGUUGUUGUUGUUUGUUUUUUUUUUUUCAACGUACAUAAAAAAAACGUUACUUAAACGCGCCGUACCCGGUGUCCGUGCCCAAUCUGUUAUUAUUGCAUGAAUAUCGUAAAAAUAUUAAUCCGCGGCGAUACAAUAAUAAUAAUAAUAACGAAAAAUAUUGUAUACACGGUUCCGAGUCGAAAUGUCUCUCAAUACGGAGAGAUAAAAUGAAAUCUGUAGUCGAAAAAUAUCUCCGAUGGAAAUAUCCUACGGAACACACGCCUGUUGAAAACGAAAACAAAAAUCUCUACGAUUACCAAAUCAAUAACGCUCGCGAUAAUAUUAUGUUUUCUGGUGAACGCGUUAGUACAGAAAAACAAAACAAAACGAAACGAAACGAAACAAAACCGAUACGACGGCUACUUGAACACGUUAUUGCAGUCAACGCGACGGGAAUAUUGCGCCGAAGUUUUGAUUGUUUAUAGGACUGUUCAACACCCGACACUCGGUGUUUAUUUCCGUUUGGUUUUAUAACAAUUGCAAUAUCGCCCGUGUUCGACUAUGUCGUGUACAAUGCGGAAAUACUGUCGAGAUGUUACGUUUUCCAUCGGAACACACUGCGCACGUACAGUAAACGUUUUUUUUUUUUUUUUUUUCCGUUGCGGUACAAAGAUAUUCCGACAAACCGGUUCGACAAUUGUGUUCGGAAAUGUCCACGGUGAUGAGCGUUGGCGAUCGCACACGCGCAGUACACAAUCGCGUUGCUCAGACUUGAAACGCGGUGUGCCGCGUUCCCGUCGCUCGCGUACGCGGUGGAAUACGUCGUCGCGCGCGAGGAUGCGAGUACUAUGAAAAUGCCGACGUUCAUGUUGUUCGUCGAAAAACGUAGAAGCCGAAAAAUAAUAACAAAAAGAGAGACAGAGUGAGAUGCCGUACAGGGGAUGUUUUCGCGGAGAUAUUCCGAUCGGUCGCCAACACGCGGGUCGCCCCGCGGUACCGACGUAGCCGGGGCUAUGUCCGAAUUCGUCGUUCCCGUUUGGAAAAAAAAAAAAAAAAAAGGCCAUUUUACGUAGGUCGGCCGAAUCGGUUCCCGUUUAAACUCGUGGUGUGUCCGCUGUACGGGUCGAAUCAGUUCCCGCCCCGUUCGCAGCGAGUUUCUCAGACAAAUACGCACAUUUCCCUCGUCAUUCCGCGCAGGCUCAGCGCCGACGACUUGGAAUUGAUUAACGGUUGUUUUUUUUUUUUACCAAAAAACGUUUCGAUAUUUUGUAUUUGGUGCGCUGUACGCAAAAGUUAAAUAAAAGUUUAAGAACGUACGACAUUGUACCCGCACCUAUCGCGUUUAUUGUAUGAAUGCAUAGGUAUUAAACGGGAAGUGAUUCGGCGUGCGGGGGAUAUGAUGAGCCCGGAAACCGAUUCGGAUGCGUCCGUUGUCGGAAGAGGACACCGACUUAGAGGGGGGGGGAGGGAAAUCCAACACGUCCUAACCGACUGUUCGCUAACGGCCGAGAAAGUUUGGCAAAAUAAAAAGUCGAUUGUCCGAGUGGGCUUUCAAGAACAUCUUCUCGACUGUAAAUCGUAUUGUUUGAAGCUCGCCGGAAACGCCGUCUUCGUCGACACUGUAAACGGAAUGGCGGCGAGUAAUUGAAAAUAAUUUAAACGCUGUUCGAAACGCUGAACGACAUUAUUAAAUUCGUGUCGUAUAGUGUCGAAAUAAUUUCGGCAAAUUUGACCGUUGACGACGCGUUCCUCCCUAGUAAACUUGCUCCGAUUUUUACGCGUAGCAACUUUUCUGAAAGCUCAAGUUGUCUAUACGGUACUUUAAAGAGGACGUUUUCGAAUAAAAGCACCGAAAUGGGAAAAUACGUUGGAAAACGUACAAGGUCACGAUUUCGUUAUUUUAUAAAAACACGGACGACGUUUUCUACCAGAAAACAUGAUUUAAUCGAAAAAUCACAAGAUACCUUUUUUGUUGCCUUUUCGUUUUACUAUCUUACGGUAUCAUCGCCAAAACUUUUGAGCCACUACUGAGCUUUUAAGGAAUUUUAAUUGUUGGGAGUUUUUUUGCUGUAAUUCGGUUAUAAAUACACGUAGAGACUUGAAACUCGGUAACAAUACUUAUAUUGGACUUAAAUAGACGUGGUGAAAUUUCCAAAAUCAUCGAAAGACUUUUUUUUUUUCUAAUAAACGUUUUUAAAUCAUAUUUAAACGAAAAUCGCAAAAAAAAAAAAAAAAAUACGGCACUCCAAAUUAUGCAUUUACCGACUGCGCUCGGAAUCGUCUUUCGUCAAGCAAUGGUUUAUCGUUUCUCAUACAAACGAAAUAACCUUAUGUAUCCUACCUUCCCAACUUCUGACCUACAACAGCGGCCGCUCCCAUCACAGGUAUUUUUUUAUUUUUUUUUUUUUUUAUCGGGACGAGACAGGACGGGAUUCUCGUUGGGAAUAAGAAGACGUCGGGUUAGGUUAGGUUUGUGGUUAGGCCGGUACCAAGCGCAACGAGAUUCUCGCGGCAUGUAGCUUAUGGUGGCUGGUUUUUCGAGCGGCCGUCCGACGGUAACGGCGGGGUAUCGCGUCCCCAGAAACGGUUUCCCGACGGCCGCGGUGGGUACGUCCGGGUGUAAUAUUUAACACGGCGCGGUAAUUUGAAAAAAAAAAAAAACAUAAAAGACCAAAACGAAACUCGCAAAAACCCGGUACGCCGCACUUUUGAUCGGGUCCGCGCGGAAUAAUAAAUCGAAAUUUCGUCGUUACGGCGCGCGUACGCACGCCCACACGGGUACGUUGCAAUAGCCGUACGGGUACAGCCGCGCGCGUGUAACGUCGCGGCGCCGACACGAACGCAAUUAUCGGAUCCGCAAUGGAUACGAUAAUGUUAACAAGUCGUUUCCGGCAACCGAGAGUUAUAAGGUCGCGGCGAGAUAAUUUGCUCGCGCGAAACUACACGUUUCGCUGUUGCAAAUCCGAAACGUCACGGAACGUAAUGUUUGUCGUGCGUGUGCGCGCACGUGACAGAAAACGGGAUUUUGUUCAGGUGUUGUUGGACGCACGGCGCGUUAUUAUAUCGGCGAGGUGAACGGGAGACGUUUCCAAAGCCGAAAGGGACUGUCCCGGACCGUUUCCGCGUCGGUCGGUGGACGCGUCAAAACUAUAGCCGCUCACUCCCGAAUCGUUUUUCCACUGACGGCCAACCGCACGUAAUAACCGAUUUAGCUUGACGGCGAUUUUUUUUUUCUCCUUUUUUUUAGGGUUAUAGAACCGAUGUUCCGAAGCCCGGGGCUCCGACAGCGCGUAUCUCUCGACGUUUAGAGCCGACAAUAUGAGUUUAUCGCCGGUAAACCGAACGGUUUCCGAUUGCGCAAUAGUUAUUUGUCGUGGUCGUGCCGGAAAUGAAAACGCGACUUACGUCGAAAACCCUGUGCCGACAAAACGUAUCACGAAUUCGCGACCAAUACGAGUCUCGACAAUCGGUGGUCGAGUUGAGGUGUCAGCUUUCUACAAUACCGUUCUGGUUAAACUAUGCCGAAACUGCGAUACGCGCUGUCGCGGUAUGAGCGACGGUUUGUUAUUAACGUUGUUGGCGAUACAUUCGAAGCGAAAUCGUCGUUUCCAUGUAAUACCUAUGCGUAUUUAUAGUAUCGUACCCGAUGGCGUGGCCGAGAUUUGAAUUUUUGUUUUUUUUUUUUUGUGGGGGGGAGGAGAGGCGUUUUUAUUUGCGUUCAGAUGUAAUUUCAUAGCUUGUUAUCGCACGAGUGUGGCAUUAUAACACACGCGCAUAACAUAUUAUACUGAAACAAUUAUCUAUGCGCUACACAUCUUAUAGAAAUCCGAUGCGCAACUGUGUAUAGUGAAAAUUAUAACUAUCGGCGUAAACAUGGCCAAGAGGGGGCGAUGGUGUUUUAACGCCUAAACUUCCCCCCUUCCACCCUCUCGAUACGCCACUGCAGAUUAUACUCAUUGACUGUGUUGCCCGUAUACCCUAUUUGAUAUACGAAUAAUACGGUUUUUUUUUUUUUUUUACAGCCAGCUUGGGAGUUAUAUCGAAUCCCUUAGGAGCACUCAUGUCGGGAUUUUUUAUGCAGAUCUUGGGAAGAAAAACCACGGUUCAGCUGACGGCCAUACCGUUUUUGAUCGGCUGGACGAUGAUCGGAUUGUCUACAGACCUGACGAAUCUGUGUCUAGGACGAUUCGUGUCGGGCGUCGCGGUCGGUAAGCAAAACACAAACAAAUAGAAUAUCAUUGACACAUUAUGUAUACGGCAGCGGAUCUUCGACAUUUUUUUCCGGGAGUAAGGGAUCCGGAAUAAUAACGUAUAUCCCAUCGAUUAUUCCGAACAGCAUAUUUCAGUAUAUUUCAAACGGAUAAAAUCCGCGUCGGGGGACGGGUUGUCCAAACUACCAAUAAAUCCGACACCGGGUGUAUACAUAUACUGGCCUAUUUAAACGUCAAACCGGUAGAAAACCGUCAAGAAUACUCAAAUAUUGUUAAUACACAAGUAUUGCGUUUAUUUAAUGGGCACGCGCGCAUUUAGCGUAUUUAUAUUAUAAUAUCAUAUAGUUUGGUAGAAAAACGAUAUUAUAAUAUCAUUGCGAGAAUUAGAAGUUUUUAUUCCGGUUGUAAUACGUUCGGAAAACUACGAAAAAUGUGAUUUUUGUUAUAUUUUUUUAUUAUUAUUAUUAUUAUUUUUUUUUUUUUAAUAAACCGACUAAACAUCGGUUCUCUAAACGAACGCGUUCGAUUGUAUUUUCGCAGGCAUGUCGUCGGCCUGUUACGUUUACGUGGCGGAAGUGAGCCUGGCCAAACACCGCGGAGUGUUGUCGGCGUUCGGGCCGAUUUGCGUGUCGAUCGGCGUGCUGAUCGUUUACUCGUUGGGCUCGGUCAUGCCGUGGCAAGUGGUGUCCAUGCUGUGCGCGCUCACGUCGUUCCUGAGCUUCCUGUCGGUGAACCUGACCCCGGAAUCGCCGUCGUGGCUCGCGUCCAAAGGCCGCAUAACGGACGCGGGCAAGUCGCUAAUGUGGCUGCGGCGCAGGCCGUCGCUGGCCGACAAGGAGCUCGCCGAGAUACUGAACACGCUGGGCACCGGCCCGGAGACCGGGUUCGCGCCCGAGCUCAAAGACUUCACGGCGCCCACCGUGUGGAAACCGUUCCUGAUUCUCUUGUGUUUUUUCAUACUGCAAGUGUCCAGCGGCAUUUACAUGAUACUGUACUACGCGGUCAACUUCUUCCAAGUGGCCGGUUCCACGCUAGACAACAACGUGGCGUCCAUAAUCGUCGCGCUGCUCAGGCUCAUAAUGAGCAUCACCGGUUCCAUAUUCAUACAGCACCUGAACCGCCGGACGAUGGCCAUGACGUCCGCGAUCCUGAUGUGCGUGUCGAUGGCCGCGUGCGGCACGUACGAGUUCGCGUACGGCGCGCUGAACGUCGCCGACCGGCCGUACAGCUGGGUGCCGUUGGUGUGCAUACUGUUUAACGUGAGCGUCAGCAUGCUGGGCAUGGUGCCGCUGCCGUGGAUGAUGAUGGGCGAGCUGUUCCCGCUCAAGGUCCGGGGCAUAAUGGGCGGCGUGGUCCCGUCGCUGGGCUAUUUUUUCAUAUUCGUCACGGUGAAAAUAUGCCCGUGCCUGAUGCAAAUGUUGAAGAUCAAUCAGAUCAUGUGGCUGUUCUCGGGCGCGGCCGGCCUGGCCGCGUGUUUCAUCGCGGCGUUCUUGCCGGAAACGCGGGGCAAGACCCUGUUGCAGAUCGAGGAGAUGUUCAGCACCGGAGCCCGGGGGGAGAAAACCAAGUGCGAGUACCCGGACAAGGGCUUCAAACGGAAAACGAUAACGGAGUCGCCCGUGUACACGAUCAGUUCGAAAUUGGACGUGUGCCACAAAUUAUGACGCGUCGCACGCACGCGGACGCGCGCGCAAAAGAGAAAAAAUUACAGAAAACAUAAUCAACGGGUUGCACACACACACACACACACAUUUCGUAUCCAUAUAUUAAUACACACACGAUAUGAUUACCUAUAUAUAUAUUUUUUUAUUUUUUUUUUUUUCACUUUGGCUGUGGAUAAAAACAAACUUACGAUAACAAUAAUAAUAAUAAUAAUAACAAUAACAAUAAUAACAAUAAUAAUUGUAAUCGAUCGUUUUGCGCGUGGCCGACGUUGGAAACGCCCUAUUAUUUGUUAAGGAUUUUUUUUUUUUUUUUGUUCAAUAACAUCGACAGUUUUCGAGCGUUUUCACUUUCCGGACGUGCCGCGUCGGGAUUUCGCGCCGAGGCCGGCGACGGCGCCUUUUCGACAACAGUCGAAACGAAUCCGCGACGUUAUCGCGAUAAUAUUUUCGCACGCACGGGACGCAGGAGGUGCCCGUUUCCGCCGACGGCGUCUGUCCGGACGGACAAAAACGACAACGCAGUGUUCGCGUGUUUCACCCGAGACGACGGUGUCCGCGUCCGGAGAGCGACAAUUCUUUUUGACAAUUUUCCGGAGUUGUUUUAUUUUUUUUUUCUCUCUCUCUCUUUUUCUAACAAUAUUCCCCGUCUCGCGUACCGAACGAUUAUUGUUGUUUCCCCGCCCCUCCUCACCCCCGUUCUUUAAACGGCCGCGCGGACGUGUCGUUUGUCCGAAACCGAACGCACCGGCUGGCAGCGGUGUCGCGGCCCCGCGGUAUUCGUCCGAAAAACACCGCGGCGCCGGAAAACCGGCCGCACGCGCGCCCCGCCCCGCCCCGCCCCGCCGACGGGGCCGCGGACCGUAAGUUCGCCGUCGACCGGCCAAGAAGAGAAAACAACGGCGGUUGCCGGUCGUCGGAACCGGACGAAACGGGAAACACGCGUUGCCCGUUGUCCCGCACGGGUUCUACCCGUCGCGCGUGCAACACAACGCGCGGCGCGCGUUCAGUCAUCUAUCGGUUUGUUUAUUCCACGCUGUAAUAUUGUCGCUUCGAUAUUGUUGCGCGUGCGACCGUACGGUAUCGCCUGUAAUUGUAAAUAAAACGAACUUGUGAUAUUAUUUUAUUGUCAGAUUAUUAUUGCGCAUUGUGUAAAAAUCUGAUGGCGUAUUGUUAGUACGCCGACUUUUUUUUUUUUUUUGUAUAUAAAAAAUUAUUUAUUAUUAAUUAUUUUUGUUUUUAUGUCACGUUGCAUUGUGCGAACAUACAUACAUAUUUAUUUAUACGUGAAACAAUAUAGAACGUCAAAUAUCCAGAAA